AUGGCCACAGGUAGCCCGAUGUUCUUCUCCAGGCAGCCAAAGCUCACCGCGCACGAGCACCACCCCGACAAGAAGGACGGCGAUGCAGCCCUCUUCUUGAGCAUCUCAGAGGCGUACGAGGAGCUGUCCAGCAAGUCGAGCGGCGAGAGCCCCUCUAUCCCCAACAUGUGUGAGGAGCUGUGGACGGAUCGGUCCGACUCGCCGCUCUGCAAGGCCUGCCUCAACGGCGACCGCGUCGAGGUGAAUCGGCUGCUCGCCGAGGCGCGCUCGGACCCCUUCCAGCAGGACAUCGUCAACAGGCCGGGCCGGUCUGGACUGACGCCGCUCAAGUACGCCUGCGUCAACGGGCACGACGCGAUUGUCGAGAAACUGCUCGAGUCCGGCUGCAGCGUGGACAGCACGAGCCGGGCGGGCGUGACGGCGCUGAUGGAGGCGUUGUGCGGAUCAUGGGGCGCCGACCGCUCUCGCCCCGACGGCGAGGGGAGGACGGCGGCACACUUCGCGCGCAAGGUCAAGAACGAGGCGGUGGCGGCGUGGCUGGAGAAGGGCAUCGACGCGGCGAAGCACGCCGGACUCCAGUCCGCUGUUCAGCUGGUGGUGGAUUGCGGAUGA